AUGGCAGAGAUGCAAGCUCUCUCUACGGACGAGUUAUUGAGUCUGCUGAGCUCUCUGCACGAGCUCUCGUACAUCGACACAAACGAGCUCCAUCGCAUGCAAAAAGUUCUCAACAAAGACUUCAUCGGCGGGUGGGAGGGCACAGCGAAAAAACGGAUCCUGGCGAAGCUUCGCUUUGUGCGUGAAUGCAGUCGCUAUUUGCACCCUGUAGAGCUGCCCGCUCUCAUCAACGAGUGCUUUCCUCAAUCGUGCCCAGUAUCGGUCAUUACGUCCGCACAACAGCACAGGAGCGUUAUCACCGUCAGAUGCGUCAUCGACUAG